AUGCUUCAAAACUAUCUAAGGGCACGGAAGAAGCAAUCGUCGACACUACCGUCACUUCCCGAAGACAUCAUCAUUGAUAUCUUAGCGCGUUUCCGGUCAGUUGUUACCUCGCCUGAGAUAUACGCGAGGCGAAUAAUAUUAGGUUGCACCGAACACUGUCUCUAUGUUGCGCUCUUUAAUUAUGAAACCCAUGCUUACCGUUUGUCAAUUCUCCACCAGAAAGCCAACAGCAAUAGCUGCUUGGUCCUUAUCCCAUCGCUUCCCCAUAUACCUUACGAUGGAAGUUUUGUUGCGGUGGGCUCGAGGAUAUAUGUGUUUGGUGGGACUAACAAACACAAUAUGACAACGAGUGCGCUAACCAUCGAUUGUAGAUUUCACACGGUGCAACCUCUCCCGAGCAUACCUGUUCUCAUGUCUGAUACAAUGGCUGGCAUCAUCGACGGGAGAAUCUACGUAAUUGGAAACAGUGGUUGUGACGAUGACCCGAAGAAGGUGAUGGAGAAGUGGUACAAUGCGUGUGUCGUCGAGGACGUAUUGUACUACUUUGAUUGUCGCAAAAAGAGUUUCAGAAGGUAUGAUCGUGGUGGUGAAUGGUGGUUUGGAAAGAUUCUUGCCUGGGUGGAAAUUAUGGCGACUGUGAGUUACGGUGGGAAACUGGCUCUGUUUUAUAUAAAUGGUGAAAAUCAACCUAGGACAACACGUGAGAUUUGUUUUUCGUGUAAGGAUAUUUCGCUGGAAAGACGUGAAGGAGGAGACAUUUGGGGUCGAGUUGAGUGGUGUGGUCAUGUUUUGACUGGGGAUUUUGAGUUUUUGAAACGUCUAGCUGUUGUUAGUAGUGGGUGGAGCUAUUUGGAGAGGCACCAUGGUUUGAAUUGGAAGACGCAAAGGAAAGGCUGGACUGCAGCGAAAUCGAAACCCUUGGAGUGUGCUGAAGGGAAUAAGUCGGCCACUGCUGCCUACGAUCCAAGACUUGAAGCAAAGCUUGUUUCUGCUUCAUUGGCACUGCUCAUCAAGCUUUACAUUACGGCGCGUGGGCGCGUGUUACCGUUUACAGAGAAGGAUAGAUCGGAAGAAGAGACCGGAACACUGGAAUCGAGUCUCCUACAGCUGAUCGAUGACAACCGUCGAUCGUCGUUACAGCUCCGAGAAAAGACCGAGAGAUCGAGGAAGGAGGCGAUUAGACACGCGGCGAGAACGGCGGAUCUGCUCGUGAAGGCGGUGAACGGAGGAGUGGAGGAGUGUUUCGUUAACGAGAAGCGAAUUGAGGCGGAGAUAAGAUCUCUGGCGGUCACGGUGGCGCGAUUCGGCAAACAGACGGAUCAGUGGCUUGCUGCAACUCACGCUGUUAAUAGCGCCGUUAAGGAAAUCGGAGAUUUUGAGAAUUGGAUGAAGACGAUGGAGUUUGAUUGCAAGAAAAUCACUGCUGCAAUUCGCAACAUUCACCAAGAUCAUCACUAAGGAGCACUUUUGUUACAGGGAUGAUAAAAUUUCCAAGAAUGUCCAGUAAAGAAAAUACCAAACUCUGGUAUGGUCAGUGAUCUUUUAAAUUUGGAUUCUAGAGUUUUGAUAGAUGAUGCAUAUACCAUUCCUGUUAGCGUUUCUCUGUGUGAGUAGUGCCACCUGAUUGGAUCAUAGAAUUUGAUAAUCUACUCAAAGAAAGAUGAUGAAGACGUUUCUUUUCUUGAACAAGUUGCGUCUCAAACGCAAAAAGUUCAUGUUCUCCAAGGCUGACAUCUGCUUCCUUGAGCUGUUUCUAUCUGUUUUAUGUUCAGUCUCUCUUUGGUUAGCCGCCAUUUUUGUGUGGCAAACAUUGUAUUCUUGAUCACAUUCUCUACUUAGCUGUUGAGGCAAACCCAACUUGUUUAACUGCUCUACUCAAAGCUACCUGAACGCUUAACAUGUUCUAACCGGUCUUAGCCCAUAACCGGUCGGUCUGGUCCGUAAUGAUUUGGACUGGGCCCACAGACAGCCAAUAAGAAGAUAUUAGGGGACAUGUCUUAUCAAACGUGUCUACCAAAAUUAGGGCAUCGAAGGAACGAUCCAGGGAACCACCGUCUCUGAUGAUGUCACUUCCCGAAGACGUCAUCGUUGACAUCAUAGCGCGCGUACCAAGAUGCGACUAUCCAACACUCUCCCUCGUUUCUAAGCAUUUCCGGUCAGUUGUUACCUCGCCUGAGAUAUACGCAAGACGAUCCUUAUUGGGUUGCACCGAACACUGUCUCUAUGUUUUCCUCUAUAACAUAAGAGAAGAUUAUUACCGUUGGUAUAUUCUCCGCCGGAAAACCAACGGCAGUAGCAGCUUGGUCCUUGUCCCUUCGCUUCCCGCUACUAAUUUCGGUAGAUGCGCUGUGGCGGUGGGCUCGAAGAUAUAUGUGUUUGGUUCGAUCUAUAACAAUCACAAUAUGACACGGACACCGAGUGCCUUAAGCAUCGAUUGUAGAUCUCACAAGGUGCAGACCCUUCCCAACAUGCCUAUACCCUUGAAUGCUAUAGUCGCUGAGUUCAUCGAUGAGAAAAUAUAUGUAUAUGAUGGUAGUGUUCAAUACAGAAACACAAAAGUGGGAGCCAGAGAUGAUAAAGCCGGACGUGGAGCUAGGUCUCGUGCUGUAUAAUGGUGGGGUGGUGAUGGCUGAUAAGAUGUACGUGAACGUGAGAGAUGGUGAGAGCACCUAUGUUUACGAGCCAAUGGAAAGUAAAUGGGAAAGGGACGAGAUGAUGAGUCUUAUGCAGUGGAGGUGUGCGUGUGUGGUCGAUGACAUGUUGUACUACUAUGAUUGUGACGUGAACAGAUUAAAAACGUAUGAUCCAAAGAAGAUGUGUUGGGGAGAGGUGCAAGGUUUGGAAGAAUUCUUGGCUGAGACGACUUGUUCAUCAAGUUUCUCACGGGCUGUAACUGUGAGUUACGGUGGGAAUCUGGCUUUUUUUUCUUAUGAUAUGACGACAGAUCAGGGUUGGUGUGGGGAGAUUUUGUUGGAAAGACGUCGAGCAGGGGAGAUUUGGGGUAAAGUUGAUCAGUGGUGUGAUCAGGUUAUGAUUCCGAAGAAUUUUCUCUUGGUGAAAGCUCUAGAUGUAAUGCUUUGAUGUUGAAACUCUUAUUCAUAUAAACUGUGUUUGGUUUUAUUUUUUAUUUUAUUUUUGGAAAUCAACUUUGAGCACUCUGGAAUCUGGAUCAUUGCCACAUUGCUAAUUGUUAUGUCUCUUUCAACAAAGUUUUAAGAAUUUGAGGUGAGAGCUUUGCAUCGUUUCUUUUAGUUCAGAGACUUCUUGUUACUUCAUUGGCACUGGUUUUUUCUUGUAGAGUAAUUAAAGCUGCAAGCAGACCACUUGUGAGUUGUGAUCACACCAGUGUUCUGUUUUCAAAACCAGUCUUCUUUUUUAAACAAAAAAAC